AUGAAGAUGUUAUUCCUUUUGAUGUUCCUGAUGCACAAGGUAGUUACUCUGAGAUGCCCUUCAAGUGAAGCUUUCCCUGUUCCACAUGAGUGGUUCCAGCCUGGUGAUCUUGUCAUUGGUGGGAUGGUGUCUCACAUUUUUUACCACUUUUAUGAAAUUGAAUUUAAGGAACACCCUUCUCUAAAACCUUAUGACUUACCUCUUGUAAUAACCAAAUUUUAUCAGCAUGUCCUUGCCGUGGCCUUUGCUGUGAAGGAGAUCAAUGAAGACUCCCAGAUUUUACCUAACAUCACCCUUGGGUUCCAUAUCUAUGAUAGUUACUACAACCCAAGGUUGACCUAUCGUACCACUCUGGACCUGCUUUUCAAAUCCCAGGAAUUUGUCCCUAACUACAAAUGUGAUAACCAGAAGAAUCUCAUGGCUGUCAUUGGAGGACUAGGUGCUCCUACUUCAUCCUUUAUGUCAGAAAGCAUAAACCUCUUCAAGAUUCCACAGAGUCUUGUGGAUAGUCUUUCAUGCAUUCUCUACCUGGGGCAGAGAACAGCAGAAGAUCAGAAAGCAAGUGUUUUUCUUGUCUAUGGAGAAUCAUUCACAAUAGUGUGGCUCAGAACUGUUGUGGUUCUUCAUGAUCCUGAAAAUAAAGAAAGUGGAUUAUUUAGGAAAGUUUGGAUCCUGAUGAAUCCAAUUGAUUUCAUACUGACAGGAUUUCAAAGGAACUGGGAUCUCCAGUUGUUCCAUGGAGCUCUUUCCUUUACAGUGCAUUCAAGAGAAGUUAAAGGCUUUAAAGAAUUUCUUCAAGUCAUCAAACCUUCAACCCACAAGGAUGGAUUUCUUCAAGAUGUUUGGCAACAAUUGUUUGACUGUAUAUUUUCAAAGGCAGAUUUACCUUCAAUAUUUAGUGGAACCUGUAGGGGGGAAGAGAAUUUGGAGAAUCUGCCUGCACCUCUGUUUGAGUUGAAGAUGACUGGCCAAAGCUACAGUAUCUACAAUGCUGUUUAUGCAGUGGCACAUUCUUUGCAUGAGGCAAUGAGACCAAAAUCCCAACUGAGAGAAUAUCAAAGGAUUGAAAUUCCAAAUCUGCAGCCUUGGCAGGUUUUGCCUGUUUCUCUGUGUAAUGAUCCUUGUUCCCCGGGUUACUGGAAGAAAAGUGCUGAAGGGAGAGUGUUCUGUUGUUAUGAUUGUGUUCCAUGUUCAGAGGGGAAGAUUUCAAAUCAAACUGAUAUGGAUGACUGUUUUGAAUGUUCACAAGAUCAUUAUCCAAAUAAAGAAAAGAAAGGAUGUAUCCUGAAAUCGGUAGUCUUUCUAACUUUUGAAGAAACCUUGGGACAUUGUUUAGCCUCAGUGGCUUUUUGUUUCUUCUUCUUGACCACUUGGGCACUUGGAAUUUUUAUUAAGUACAGAGAGACUCCUAUUGUCAAAGUCAACAACCGGUUUCUCACCUACAUCCUACUUGUCUCUCUUCUGCUCUGUUUUCUCUCCUCUUUGUUCUUUCUCAGCCAGCCUGGCAAAGUGACCUGCCUUCUCAGACAAUCAAUGUUUGGCAUCACUUUUUCAAUGGCCAUUUCUAGUGUUCUGGCCAAAACCAUCACUGUAGUUGUUGCUUUCAUGGCCACUAAACCGGGAUCUCAGAUGAUGAGAUGGGUGGGGAAAAGAUUAGCUUUUUGCACUGUCCUUUCCUGUUCUCUUUUCCAAGUGUGUAUUUGUAUCCUUUGGUUGUUGAUAUCUCCCCCAUUCCCUGAGUUGGAUAUGCAUUCAGAGCUUCAAGAAAUGAUUUUACAGUGCAAUGAGGGAUCAGCUUUCUUUUUCUUCUGUGUCUUGGGCUACAUGGGUAUCUUGGCCAUUGCCAGCUUUAUUGUGGCUUUUCUUGCCCGUAAAUUACCUGACAGUUUUAACGAAGCCAAGUUCAUCACCUUCAGCAUGUUGGCCUUUUGCAGUGUGUGGGUCUCCUUCUUUCCAGCCUAUCUGAGCACAAAAGGCAAAGCCAUGGUAGCUGUGGAGGUCUUCUCCAUCUUGUCCUCCAGCGCUGCAUUACUGGGAUGCAUAUUCUUGCCAAAGUGCUACAUCAUUGUUUUCUGGCCUGAGCUAAACCACAGAAAGCAACUCAUGAAGAGGAAUUAUUAG